GUCAAGCUUAUUCGAUACAUUUAGAUACAUGCGACUGGUAUACCGCCAUGUACAUUCCAACUCAUCUGGCUUGGGUCAUGGUAAAAGACGUUGGAAAUGCAUGUUAGAAAAUAGAAUUUCGUUGCAUAUAUACUGGCUCGAAUCCUGACCCUCUCAGCAGACCUGGUUUCAUGAAAGUGUCAUCGAUUGCACAUCCCCAUGUAUGAAUGCGGGUAUACGGCCAAUAUCAUUUGCAAUGGUGUGUUGGAUAAGUGUGAUUUUGUGAAAAGAGGGCUACGACGUUAGAAGUCAAAUCAAUCCUGGAUUUCGGCGUUUCAUCAAGAUGCUUGUGAAAGCCCCUAUGUCGUUACACACUUACUAUUUCACUUAAAUCAACACAUCGUAUUUCAUCAAUCUAGGAUGUGAUCGUGGAUUUCGUUUCAUCACAAGCCCAAUGAGGAAAUAAAGUGUCAAAAGAUUGAUUGAAAGGUGGCAUCAGGAAGAAAGAACAUACAAAAGACAAACAAAUGGCGGCUUCUUUGAGACCAUAUUUGGCAGGAUGGAUUUCUGGAGCAGUUGCCAUGACAAUUAUUUUUACCUUUACAGGUCCAGUCUACCUCGGUCAGAGAAUAACUCCAAGGUCAUUGCCUCCAAUCAGGGGUUCCAUCGCGGAUAGAGACGUAGUCGCCACCACCGACAUUGCUGAUGAAGAAGUAGAGGGCGCCACCGACAUUGUCCCAAGAAACAAGCGAAUGAUCUUGGCAACAACCAAUUCAGGCUUCCUGCACUUCACCAAGAACUGGCUAGAAAGCCUGAAACGCAGUGGUGUUCAGGACAAAAUUGUCAUCGUGGCCGAAGACGCUGCAUCGUUCAAAGCCAUCAAUGCUUUCACCGACUAUCCAAGCCUCGAGGUCAAACUAGCAGCCGAUGCCAAACAUCACAAAGAAGGUGUUCUCAAGUUCAGCUCCGACGGCUACCUUAAAUUUGUCAAUAAACGUCCUUCCUAUAUCUCUCACUUCCUCAAAAAAGGAUUUGACGUGCUCUUUUCCGACGUCGAUAUAGUUCUUCUCCAGGAUCCUUUCCCAUACUUUGACGAUGAUCUCGAUGUCACUCUCCAAAUGGAUGUUUGGAAGAAAGACAAUCACAACCAUUCGGAUGUCUUCUGUGCCGGCUUUGUGUAUUACCGAUCUACAAAUGCCACGAAGGAAUUCCUCAGGCGAUUCAUGGAGCGGAUAGCAGCAGACCCAAAGACCCCUGAUCAAGUGAUCCUUAACAGACUACUUCGGGAAAGGGAUAUCAAAAAAAUGGUGCGGGUUCACCCUAUGAAUGGUGACCUUUUCGUCAGCGGACGAUACUAUUUCGACCCGUCGUGGAGGGCGCUACAUACGGAACAGCAGCCAGUGAUGAUUCACAACAACUGGAUUAAGAACUCAGCCUCAAAAGUUAAACGAUUUAAGGAACUGGGUUUAUGGUAUGCCUAAGCUAUAUUCGUUAAAUGCGUUGCAUACAGAACAACAGCCCAUAAUGAUUUACAAGAACUGGAUUAAGAACGCAGCCUCCGAAAUCAUAAAAUAAAACUUGGUUUCUCAUUUAUCUAUGCAAAGACCGUUCUUCAUAUGGCUAAGAUCGUGAAAACAAACCAUGGGGAUUUCAAAGAAGAAGUAAACCACUCUUGGAAUUUGCCAAGACGGACCUUUUCGUGCGUGUCUUACCUGAUUUCACUAUUGAUGCAAAAUAACUCCAAUCACCAUGAUAAUGGUUUAAAGUGAAAUUCCAGUAGUUGCAGUAAACACUGAUUUCAUGAGAAAGUCUGUAAAACCAGGCUUAAUUGAUCAUCGAGGAUCUAGAUCUGGUACAGCUACUUCAUUUUCGUUAAAGAAUUGUCAAAUAUAUGGAUGCGUUCAUCACAAUUGUACGUUUAAACCAAGCUGUGUAAUGAUAUAAUUUUAUUUGAUAUCGUUUUUUUUUAAUUUAUGAUCAUGAAUGUAAUGUUUUAUUAUGUUCAAUUUUGUUAGAUUAGAGAAGACAAAAAAUAGCAGCUAAUUACAGGAUAUUAUUAUUAUACAAAUUCCUAACCUUCUUAUAUUUUCUUUAUCAAAUAUUAGUCAUCAUGUUCAUACUUUCAUUUAUUCCUAUUUUGGGUAUUUCACUUUUCUCUUUUCUUUUAAAAGGGAAGCAUAUCCUGACAAUAUAAGUUGUAUUUAAUAAAAAGAAUAGAAACAACAUAUAAAGAAUAACAGAA